AUGUCGUUGUCGCUAGGCGCUCCUCAGCAGCUCAAACAACCUUCGCGGAAAGGAAAGAGGGCGUGGCGCAAGAAUGUCGACAUUUCCGACGUACAGCAAGGUCUUGAAACCUUGCGAGAGGAGAUCAUUCAGGGCGGCCCAUUAGCCGAAAAACCCUCCGAAGAAUUGUUUGCACUCGACACUCAAGGUUCUGAAAAAAUCAAAAAGAAAUACAAAGUGCAAAAGCCCCUAAAAAUAGAUGAGAUCCUGACCAAACGAUCUGCCGUGCCAGCACUCGACAGCCGGAAGAGACCACAUGCAGCAGUUACCGAUGGUAUCCUCGAGCCGGCAAGCAAGAAAGCGAAGCCUGACUGGGUGAGCAAGAAGGAGGUGCAAAGGCUCAAGAACAAUAUCAAUGCCGUCUCACAUCUGAACACGGAGAUUAUCGAGAGUGAGGUUUCCAGCUUCGAUCUAUGGUCGGACGGCACUUCGGCCACACAGGACACCAAGCCUGGUCAGGAAUAUGUACCUAAACCCAGACCGAAGGUUGCACCCCCUACAAUCAAGCACCCACCGCUCCCUAUGACUGCCAGCGGAAAACCAGUACCUGCGGUCAAGGAACCAGAUGCAGGCGCGAGUUACAACCCGACUUUCGAAGAUUGGGACGAGCUACUGAAUAGAGAAGGUGCGAAGGAGCUAGAGGCGGAGAAGAAGAGAUUGCGCGAGGCGCAGGCUGCGGCUGAAAGAGAGGCGCGAAUCCGAGCCCUCGCUGAUGCUCCAGAAACAUCUGCGGCAGAUGAUGAGAGUGCCUGGGAGGGAUUCGAGACCGAACAUGAUGAUCCUGAAGUGCUGGAAAAGAAACGCCCCAAACGCAAAACGCCGGCUCAGCGAAACAAGGCAAAGAGGAGAAAGGAGGCAGAGAGGAUCGCAAAGCACGAAAAGAGGAUGAGAGAGAAGCAGACACAGGCCGAGCAGAUACUGUCCGCUUUGAUCGACCGCGACCAGGAAGAGAGGUUAGAAUUGGCACGUGAGGCGCAGGCCGAAGGAGCUGAAGAGGGAGACGAUCGGACCCUCCGGCGACGGAAGAGAGGCAAUGCCGCAAUUCCAGAGAAGUCGCUCGAGGUUGUACUGCCCGAUGAGCUUCAAGAAUCAUUGCGGAGAUUGAAGCCUGAGGGAAACCUGCUGAACGAGCGAUUCCGAACCUUGUUGGUAAAUGGCAAAUUGGAGGCCCGAAAACCUGUCCUACAACCAAAGAAGAAGAGGGUCAAGUUUACGGAGAAGUGGAGUUACAAAGACUUCAGUAUCAAGGUCUAG